AUGAGGGUUUCUCAGGUUCAUGGUAAAGGUACAGUGGUUAAUAUUCAAGAUUUUGGUGCUUUGCCUGAUGGGAAGACUGAUAGUAGCCAGGCAAUUUUGAAGGCAUGGAGCCAAGCAUGUAAAAGCAAAGUAGGAGGCACAAUCUUCAUUCCACCAGGGACUUUCUUGUUGAAUACAGUAACAUUUAGUGGCCCAUGCAAUGGCCCAACUAUUUUCAACGUAAAUGGAGUUUUGAGAGCUCCCACUGGUAACAGCAGAUAUGAAUACUGGAUAUUAUUUCAGCAUAUUAAUGGACUGACUAUUAAUGGAAAAGGUUCUUUAGAUGGCCAAGGUCCAUCUGCAUGGUCCCUAUAUAAUGUUAAAGCCAACAGCAGGCAUCCUCCUUCGUCUAUAAAAUUCAAUGACAUGAGCAAUGUCUUGAUACAAAGCAUAACAUCAAUCAACAGCAAGUUCUUCCAUUACCAAAUUGAUGGUAGCCAAGGAAUUCAUUUCGAGGACGUGACCAUAACAGCACCCGGCGAUAGCCCAAACACUGAUGGGAUUCAUAUAGGCAACUCCAACGAUACCAUCAUUCACAAAGCAAAAAUUUCUACUGGUGAUGAUUGCAUUUCGAUUGGUCCUGGUACAUCGAAUAUUCACAUUUCUGAGGUCUAUUGUGGCCCUGGUCAUGGCAUUAGCAUUGGAAGUUUAGGAAAGUACCAAAAUGAAGCUGAUGUGAAUGGAGUUGUUGUGAGGGAUUGUACACUUGUGAGGACUCAAAAUGGACUAAGGAUAAAGAGUUGGGCACCUUCACCUCCUAGCAAAGUUUUCAAUGUCACCUUUGAAGAUAUUGAUGUGAAUCAUGUUGAAAAUCCUAUCAUCAUUGAUCAACAAUAUUGUCCUCAUUCAACUUGUAGUAAACAGGGUGGUGAAUCACAAGUGCAGAUUUCAAAUGUUAAAUUCAUCAACAUAAGAGGAACUUCAGCAUCAAAAGUGGGAGUAGUGCUUAAUUGCAGCAAAAGUUUCCGAUGCCAAGGGAUUGAGAUAAGGGAUUUGGACUUAACUUUCAAUGGCCAUGAAAUCACUGCAACUUGUUCAAAUGCAAAUAUUAAUUUUUAUGGACAGCAAAUUGCUGCUCCUAUCUGCACAUGA